AAUAGCAGUUUGAAUGAGAAUUCUCACUAAAAAGCUACGAAAUUAGCUGAUUUUCAGUUGCGCAGCUCAACUAGUCACUGCAAAUAAACCCAAUUUUCUCAGCUUCAAAAACUGAAGAAAAGUCCGUGACUGUUAAUUUCAACCAAAUAAUUCGAAAAUGAGGAACUUGCAAGACUUUGAUGCUCCGAGCAAUGGCGAAAUUUCAGUCUGCGAAUUAAAUGGUAAAGCCCACUCUACAGCCAUUGGAUUUGCCAAUCUAUCUUCUUUCACUAGUUGUAUUGAAAGCCACCCACAAGUUCACAUCACCAGAGACCAGCUCUACUCUACAACGUCAAGUGACGAGGGCAAAGCCCUAUUCUUGCCUGUCGAUGUCUCCUUUUUGAAACAGCUCACUCAAGUCUACUACGAGCAGGGCACUAUCGAGGCCCUAUAUCUUGCAAAGUCUCAUAAGCAGGUGCUGGUCUCGCACAUAGCAAAUGGGCUCCUCACUGCCAUCAGAUACAUAGAGAAAGUCAGACUGAUUAUGAAUCCCAAUGUACGGUAUAGUGGGCCUGCCUUAAUAUGCAAGUUGGGAACAACUAGAGACUGGCAAAACAGCACCAUCCGCUCCAUUGCUUGGCACCCAUACGGCAGGAAAUUGGCCGUGGUCACUUGCGAUGAUAGUGUGCGGAUUUUUUGCAGCGAAAGCAGCUACAGUCCGUUGCUCAGGUGCAAACAACAGAGAAAUAUUACUUGUGCGGCUUGGAGGCCAAUGUCUGCCACUGAAAUUGCUGUCGGACAUGAAAAUGGCAUUAUUGUAUGGAGUAUUGAUGCUAAUUCUUUGGUGUCCAGACCAUCCGUAAGCAACGCGAUUAUUCUUCAUAGAUUGGAACAUAAGCCCGUGAUGAGCAUCGCCUGGUCCCCUAAAGGCGAUAUGUUGAUCAGCGCCGCUGCUUGCGAUAGUGCAAUUUUGGUGUGGAAUCCCGAAUUAGAUCGCACUAGCUCCCUGAAAAGGCCUGGAGGAUGCGGGCAUGUUCUAGUAAAAUGGUCUCCUACCGGCGAUAAAAUCUUCACUUGUUCAGAUGGAUUGGUCUUUAGAGUUUGGGACCAUCGCACUUGGGAGUGCGACAGAUGGACAGUUGCAAGCGGAAGAGUUCAGUCGGCAUGUUGGGCCAAUUGCGGUCAUACCGUUCUCUUUGCAACCAGCACCGAUCCAGUAAUAUAUGGACUUAUUGUGAAGCGUGAUGUGAUUUUUGCCAGUGAUGUUGAGUCUUCCUCCAUUGAAGCCAUACCAUUGUUCGAUGUCAGUAAAACCGAUCUAUUCGACCUGACCGUCGGAGGAUUAGUUCAGAGCAUGGAAGCCGACCCAGCCGGAAGUCAUUUGGCUGUUGUUUUUCAGGAUACCAGCGCUGUUACAGUUUUCACUAUUGCUAGGCAGAGCGCUUUGCAGCUGAUACCCAGUUCGAUAGUCACCGGAUUAGCGGAAGAAAAGCCUACUGCUAUAACCUUCCAGCAGGACUUGAAAUCGGGGGCUUGCUUGACUGUUGGAUGGUCCAGCGGGCGGAUCCAGUACUACCCAAUAAUCUACUCGGACCUCGCUAAACAGCCAGCCAAAAUCUCCAUGUUUGGAUCCAUCAUCAACUAGCAAUAGUUUCAUUGUGCUUCAUCUCGAUUGUUUUAAUUAUUAAAUUUUUGCAUUUU